AUGCUCCUCUUGACUGCACCUGCGUGCGCCGUGGCCCCGCAGAGCGCGUCCGUCUCGGUCGAGCUCUCCUUUGGCGAGGCGAUGAGCAGCCGCGAGCGUCGAUCGCUCUCUCGCCAGCUGGUGCGCGCGUACGGCGCGAACCGCGGCGCCCCGCACCCGCUGCGCCUCUCCUUCUCCGCCCUCGACGAGGCCUCGCUCCACCCGGACAUGCUACACCGAGACCUCGCUCGGUGGGACUGCCAGCGAGUGGGCGAGAGGGCGGACGUUCGCUGGCCCGCAGACGAGCUCGUGUGGCUGAGCCCAGACGCGGGCGAGCCGCUGAGUACGCUAGAUCCAGAUGUGACCUAUGUCGUGUCGGGCCUCGUCGACCGCUCUGUGGUAAGCGGCCGCUCGCUCGAGAGGUCGCGUGCUGCAGGAGGACGGGCGGUGCGGCUGCCGCUGCGGGAGUGCGCGCCGCGGCCCGACGUCCACCCGAUCCUCUCAGUGGUCAGCGUCGUUUCCAUGCUCGCCGCCGUCAACUCGGGUGCCAGCUGGGAGGAGGCCAUCGGAGCAGCGCUGCCGAAGCGCUUUAUGGAGCGGCGGGAGGCGGAGGCGGCUGCGCGCGGUGAGGGGGCAGGUGGGGGUCGUCUCGUCUGA